AUGGACGGUGCGGCGGCAAACGGACAUUUAGACAUUGUGCAAUAUUUACAUGAUCAUAGGACAGAAGGAUGUACUACUGCUGCCAUGGAUCGCGCUGCUCAAAACGGACAUAUGGACGUUGUGCAGUUCUUACAUACUCGACGAAUAGAAGGAUGUACUGUUGCUGCUAUGGACGGUGCAGCACGUAGUGGACACCUUGACAUUGUAACGUUCUUACACACUAGCCGUAGAGAAGGCUGCACGACUGCCGCUAUGGAUGGUGCUGCAGCUGGAGGUUUCCUUGAUGUCGUGCGCUUUCUUCAUCAAAACCGCAACGAAGGUUGUACAACUAAAGCCAUGGACGAAGCAGCUCGCAGCGGACAUUUAGAGAUGGUAAAGUUCUUACAUGCUCAACGUAAGGAAGGUUGUACGACGGAUGCAAUGGACGGUGCUGCACUUGUUGGACGCUUGUCCAUUAUCACGUUUUUGCAUGAAAACCGAAAGGAAGGAUGUACGACCAAAGCAAUUGAUGGUGCGGCAUGGAGAGGACACCUUGACGUUGUUAGGUUUCUAGUGGCAAACCGCUCGGAUGGCUGCAGCUUCAAAGCCAUGGAUACUGCCUGUCAAAAUGGCUAUGUGGAGAUCAUGCGUGUUCUGCAUGAACAGGGAAAUGCACCAUGUACGACCGUUGCAAUGGAUAGUGCUGCGAGUGGUGGUCAUCUAGAAAUCGUAAAAUAUUUGCAAGAAAAUCGAGUGGAGGGUUGUACAAAGGACGCUAUGACGAACGCAGCAAUCAACGGCCAUGCAGACGUUGUUUGUUUUCUUGGAGAACACAGACAGGAAGGCCCACAUGAAUUUGCGCUUGAGCGUGCUGCUGCGCUAGGCAAUGCAGAUUGUGUGGAAGCCUUGAUUCGCUGCUCGAUUCGCGGUUGUCUCUUCGACGCACGCCUUGCUGCUCUUCAGGCUGGCCAUUCUCAUGUGGUAGCCAUUCUGUCGGCUUGGAUGAAUCCAGACGUCCGCACAUGCUCACUAAAGCUCUAUCACGUACGUUCAGGCCCCAGAUGGUGUCAAAGGCAGUCACAUUUCGAACACCUGUUUGAACCAGCAUCCCUGAAUGUAGUCAAAAAGGAGCAACACUUGAGUUUUGCCAAACAUUCUGGUUGGUGGUGGCGGUUCCGAUGGUUGUAG